AUGGCGUCCAUGUUUGAACAGCCGGGGAACGGUACCCUUUUCCUUGGUGGUCAGAAGAUUUCCGGCUCCGACAUUCGUGACCAAAACGUCUUGGCCACGCAAGCCAUUGCAAAUGUCGUCAAGAGCUCCUUUGGCCCCAGCGGCCUCGACAAGAUGAUGGUCGACGACAUCGGUGACGUCACCGUCACCAACGACGGCGCCACGAUUCUCCAGCUCCUCGAUGUCGAAGACCCGGCCGGCAAGAUUCUCGUCGACCUCGCUCAGCAACAAGAUAAAGAAGUCGGUGACGGCACAACCUCGGUCGUCCUGAUCGCCGCCGAGCUGCUCCGUCGCGGCAACGAGCUCAUGAAGAACCGCAUACAUCCCACAACCAUCAUUACCGGCUACCGCCUUGCUCUCCGCGAAGCCAUCAAAUAUCUCCAGGACAAUGUCAGCAUCAAGGUUGAGAACCUUGGCCGCGAGUCCCUCAUCAACAUUGCCAAGACCUCCAUGUCUAGCAAGAUCAUUGGCUCCGACUCCGACUUCUUCGCCGACAUGGUUGUUGAUGCCAUUACCGCCGUCAAGACGACCAACUAUAAGAACGAAGUCAAGUACCCCGUCAAGGCCGUCAACAUCCUCAAGGCCCAUGGCAAGGGCACCCGCGAGUCCAUGCUCGUCAAGGGCUACGCUCUCAACUGCACUGUCGCCUCCCAGGCCAUGCCCACCUAUAUCCAAGAUGCCAAGAUUGCUAUCCUGGAUAUGAACCUGCAAAAGGAGCGCAUGAAGCUUGGUGUUCAGAUCACAGUCGACGACCCCCAACAGCUGGAGCAGAUCCGUGCCCGUGAGUCCGGCAUGGUUCUCGAGCGUGUUGACCUGAUCCUCAAGGCUGGCGCCAACGUUAUCCUGACCACCAAGGGCAUUGACGACCUAGUACUAAAGAUGUUUGUUGAGCGAGGCGCCAUGGGCGUCCGUCGCUGCAAGAAGGAGGACCUCAGACGUAUUGCCAAGGCGACCGGCGGCAGCCUAUUGAGCACUCUGUCCGACCUCAACGGCGAUGAGAAGUUUGAUCCCUCGUACCUCGGUCACGCCGAUUCCAUCUCGCAGGAGCGCAUCUCUGACGACGAGUGCAUUAUUGUUCGCGGACCCAAGAACCACUCUGCCGCCUCGAUCAUUCUGCGCGGUCCCAACGACUACACUCUCGACGAGAUGGAGCGUUCCGUCCACGACUCUCUCUGCGCUGUCAAGCGUACUCUGGAGAGUGGUAGCAUUGUUCCUGGUGGCGGUGCUGUCGAGACUGCCCUUCACAUUUACCUAGAAGAAUUUGCGGGCACAGUCGGUUCGCGCGAGCAGCUUGCCAUUGGCGAAUUCGCCCAGUCGCUUCUGGUCAUCCCCAAGACGCUGGCCGUCAACGCUGCCAAGGAUGCCGCAGAGCUCGUCGCGCAGUUGCGCUCAAGACAUGCGCUGUCUCAGCGCAUUCAGGAGGGCGAGGCCAACGACGACGAGAAGACGCUUGCCCGCAAGAAGGGCUACAGAAAUUAUGGUCUCGAUCUCACGCGCGGCAAGGUUGUGGAUGAGAUCAAGCUUGGAGUUCUCGAGCCCAGUAUCAGCAAGGUUCGCCAACUGAAGAGUGCCGUCGAGGCAUGCAUUUCCAUCAUGCGUAUUGAUACCCUCAUCAAGUUGGACCCCGAGCAGCCUCAGGAUGAUGGCCACGGCCACUAG